AUGGAACACCCCCUCUUUGGCUGCCUGCGCAGCCCGCACGCCACAGCACAAGGCUUGCACCCUUUCUCGCAGUCUUCUCUGGCCCUCCAUGGAAGAUCUGACCACAUGUCCUACCCCGAACUCUCCACAUCUUCCUCGUCUUGCAUAAUCGCGGGAUACCCCAACGAGGAGAGCAUGUUUGCCAGCCAGCAUCACAGGGGGCACCACCACCACCACCAUCACCACCAUCACCACCACCAGCAGCAGCAGCACCAGGCUCUGCAGAGCAACUGGCACCUCCCGCAGAUGUCCUCCCCGCCUAGCGCGGCUCGGCACAGCCUGUGCCUGCAGCCCGACUCGGGAGGGCCUCCGGAGCUGGGGAACAGCCCUCCGGUCCUGUGUUCCAACUCAUCCAGUCUGGGUUCCAGCACCCCGACCGGGGCCGCGUGCGCACCAGGGGACUAUGGCCGCCAAGCGCUGUCACCCGCGGAUGUAGAAAAGAGAAGUGGCAGCAAGAGGAAAAGCGACAGCUCAGAUUCGCAGGAAGGAAAUUAUAAGUCAGAAGUGAACAGCAAACCUAGAAAGGAAAGGACAGCUUUCACCAAAGAACAAAUCAGAGAACUGGAGGCAGAAUUUGCUCAUCAUAACUAUUUGACAAGACUGAGAAGAUAUGAGAUAGCGGUGAAUCUAGAUCUCACCGAAAGACAGGUGAAAGUGUGGUUCCAGAACAGGAGAAUGAAGUGGAAGCGGGUCAAAGGAGGACAGCAAGGAGCUGCAGCUCGGGAAAAGGAACUGGUGAAUGUGAAAAAGGGAACACUUCUCCCAUCAGAGCUGUCGGGGAUUGGUGCAGCCACCCUCCAGCAGGCAGGGGACUCACUAGCAAAUGAUGACAGUCGUGAUAGUGACCACAGCUCGGAGCAUGCACACUUAUGA